AUGCUUCUCAAUCUCAGCCCUGAUAAGCUAAAAGAGUACAUUCGCAAACCACACUAUCUGGACGGAGACGAUGGACCAGAGCAAGUCUGGCGUUGGUCUCAUGCGUGGAGCACACCCCGACAAUUUAUAUCCUGGCCUUCGCAGGAGAGUCUGCACGGAUUUGGCUAUGUCAUGUGGGAUCGCAGUCGACUUGAAGAAUGGGGCUUGCCCAUGCACAAAAGACACUUUCGGUUAAGCCCUAAGUUUUUCUCUAAGAAGGCUUGGAAGAAAGAGCAAAAGAAGAAAUAUCGAGACGAACUGCGGACGUGGAAAACGAAGGCCCGUAAUUUGGAUAACGCGUAUGAACCUGGGGAGAUGGAAUUCUCGGAAUAUAAAUCUUCAGAGGAUAAAUAUUCAGGGGUGAAUCUUCAGAUAAUGGAGCACCAGAGAAAGGAGCAUCCGUGA